AAAUUUCCUACUCUUUAUUAUCAUUUCCUUUAUAUCUUACAUUACAUCAUUUAUUAUAAUACAUAUAUAUAUAUAAGUAAAUAAAUAAAUAUAUAUAUAUAUAUACACAUAUUAACUUCUUUUUAUGAUAAUGAGUCAUUUGCUUCAAGAAAAAAUUAUCCAAUUCAAUGUAUUAUUUAAGGAAUCUGAAACUGUAAUUGAUGACUUACAAACCGCUCUUGCUGAUUUAAUUCCGGAACUUCAACAAGAAUUUGGCUUAGAUUUUGUUCAAGUUGAACGUAUCAGGCAAUAUCUUGAUGACAGAGGAACUCUUUUUCGUUUCCUCAGACGAGCUGGAUUCGAUUUUGAUGUUGCCUUGAAAGCCCUCAUCUCUGAUUUAAGAUGGCGUAUAGAACAUAAUGUUGAUUCCAUCACCCUCGCUGACGUUCAUCCAUUAUUUAUUGAAAAAGGACUAUUUUUUUUCCAUAAAACUGAUAAAUUUGGUCGUCCUUGCGCGGUAGUCAAUCUGCGUGAAUACAAACGUGAGGAUGGAGCGCCUACUAUUGAUGAAGUGAAAAAAUUUAUUAUUUAUAAUGCUGAAGUAGCCAGAAGAUUGUUAUUAGACAAAACUAUGAAUUCAAGAGAUGGACCGGUUCUGCAAUACGUCAUCCUGUUGGAUUUGAAAGGAGCUGGUGUUUCCACUCUGGAUGUGGAAUUGGUCCCAUUUACGAUCGACAUUAUGAGGCACCAUUUUCCUGGUUCCGCGGGUGCAAUAUUCGUCUUGAAUUAUGGAUGGAUGUACUCUGGCAUUUGGCAAAUUUUAAAACGUAUUCUUCCCGAAGAAUCCUUAAACCGAAUCUUUUUUCCUUCAGAACAAGAACUUUGGAACUAUUUUGAUGAAGAAAAUGUACUUACAGAACAAGGAGGGAAGGAUACUUAUGAAUAUGAUGCUGAUACUUGUGAGGCAUACCAAAUUUAUGGAAGUCCGUCACCUAUUUUGAAACUACCGAAACCCCUAAGCAGAGCAACAUCGUAUGAUUCCUUGAGUUCAAUACACGAUAUAUUCUACUCUGCCCACAAUACCCCAUUCCACAGUCGGCCGUCUACUCCAUUUUUUAGCAGACCAGCAACUCCAAUUUCCAGCCGGCCCUCUACCCCGUACCCGAGCCGACCUGCAUCGCCCGCAGCGGAUCACGUGGUUCCGAAUUGGUUAAAAAUGACUCCACGUUCACGCCAUAAUCCUUUCCAUAUAACCCCUAUCGACAAUAAUAUUAAUAAAAACAAUAAUGUUAUUAUAUCUCCAAAUCCUUUAAAACCAAUGUCUAUCUCAGCUUCUCCGAUGGCAUCUCCUAAUCUUGCUUUCCAUCAGGAAGAGCCCGCAUUAACGUCGCAUAAAUCUAUGACACCUAUAAAUAACAUAUCCACUGAAAAUAAAGACAACAAUGAUCAUCAUGAUAACCUUUACCAUUAUAAUCGCCAUAAUCAACUUAUUGGACAACCAUUACAUCAUCAUCCAGUUGCACGCGGAUCGAGAUUAAAAUUAUAUUUUACAAGAUUAUUGAGAAAAUUUAUUGCACGAAGCAGAGUAUCAGGAUUUUUAUAUUAUCUAGUAAUGGUGGUUUUAUUCCGCGGUGGCUUAAUGAAUGAAUUCUUGAAAUUAGUUACACAGCAAGUAAGCAUGCAAUUGGGCUGGAGUGCAAGCACCACUACAGCGUUAACAACUGCAAUUCUAUCAACUGCACUGAGUGGACGAGCGGGUAACCGCUUGUUAGGACGUAACUGAUGAAUUGUAAUGUAUUCAAUAUGAAAGGACUUUAGGAGAUGUAUUUAUUUAUUUUAAUAUUUUUCACGGUUGAAAAUUUCAGAAUUAAGCAAUUACAUGAUAUUUGGAAUUGAAAGAAAGUUUGGAAUUUGUCUAAGUGAGAAAGAAAUAUGAUGAAUUUAAUAUUAUCAGCAAAAUUUGCAACGUUGCAUUUUAUGAUUAUUAAUUAUCUAUAUGGAUUAGCUUACAAGCAACCAAGAACUGACAAUUUUAUAAAAAAAUACAUAAAGAAAUACAAAUAUAGACAAAAAAUUGUAAACAAACCUAAUAUAAAUAUAGCAUUUAAAGACUUUUUUUUUUAAAAAAAAAAUUAAAUUACUUAUAUAGCAAUAAUUAAAAAUUGUCAGAAAAAGUAUAGUAUAAUAAUAAU